ACCAUAUGUAACAUGAAAAUCGUUUUGCUUUCUGAUAUGGAUUAUAUUGCGGUCCAGCAUGUGAAAUUUGUAAGUUAUUUCCAAUGGAUAGAGUUUUGGAUAUAGUUGCUACUAGAUGGCAGGAACAAGCGUAUAACUAAUCAUGAAUUCAUGGCCCACCGCCCAAGUCCCAACAGACUACAGACUCUUGCCUUGACGACUGACGUUUCUAUGGCAACAGCUGCUUACAAUCUUUAUUUAUUAACAUAUUUUCCUUACAAGUGUAAAAAAGAAUAAAAUAUAUAUAAAAUGUCACAAAAAGACAGUGAUUCAUCUAAUGUAAUAUUAUGUGAACGAUUUAACAAACAUUUACGAGUUUCACAACGAAUGAAAGGCGAUAAAGUUGUACACAGACCAAACAUUGUGAAAAAGGUUGUUUUAUCAAAACAAAUCAAUCCAGCAUCUAAAUAUAGAAAAAGUUGUUCAACAGGUGUCAUUUCGAACACCAAAACUAAUGUAAGGACUUUCAAAAGUACCAAAUCGGACUGUAUGUUCACUGUAUCCCAAGCAAAGUUUGAUUAUUGCAAGAAAUGUGGUGACUGCAAAGGACUAGCAGAUAGGGUUGAAAAAUCAGAUGAUCUUUGUAAUAAAACCGUUAAUUCUAAAAAGACGAAACGUGAAGGACAGACAAGUGUUCAGCAACAUUACUUAAAUAAGAACUUUCAUCAAUCCACAGAAUCUAUAACCAACUGUAUACCCAAAAAGGUGUCAUUAGAUACUAUAAAGGAACAGCCUGAAAGUAAUAACUCAUCUGAUGAUAUAUUCAGAAUUUAUGAUGACUGUUCAACAGAAGAAAUAGGUUUCUUCAACACAGAUGACCAAGACAACAUUAAUAUCUUAAAAAACUUUAGAAAUACAAACUUUUUUGAAUGCCAUUCGGCAAAAUCAAGAAUACAUAGUAUUACCAAUAAAGAGAAACAUAAGUGUAUUUAUAGAUUUUAUUUAAAUGAAAGAUUGUUCCCUGUGCCUUUUAAUACAGAUUUUAAUGAGAACAUAAGAUGUAUGGAGUGCAAUUUGCCAUUAAAAGAUGAAAAGGAUCUGGCUACAAAUGGAAUGAUUCAGGCUAAAGUAAAACUUAAUAAUGAGGUGCAGGACAUGAUUUUGAUGUUACCAGUUAAAAAACAUUUAAUCAUUAAAGAAAGAAAAAUGAUAAAAUGUAAGCAGGACAUAGACUCUGUCUAUUUUGGAAUAAUAAAGCUGGAUUUAAAUGGCGAUUCAAUGUUUAAUAGAACACUUCCAUGUGAUUCUUUAGCCUUAAAAUACCAGAAAGGCUACAGGCAGUAUGCAGAUGCUCCAAACUAUGAUUAUACAAACACUAAUAAUGAUGAUGUUGUUAUAAUAUAAAAGUUAUUUUAUUGAUCAAAAAUUAUUUAUUCAUAUUUAAAUUAUGGUUUAACUGUCAAUGCUCUUGAAAAAAAUUAUUUUACUGU